AUGGCAUUUUGAUCAAAUUGUUGCUUGACACAUUUGAGAGAUAAAAGGCUAAGCGAACGGUUUCAAAAUGUUUUUGGUCAUUUUUAGUAGUUUAAUAGCAUCGCUGAUUUUUUUGUAUUAUUAUUUAACAUGGAACUUUGACUAUUGGCGAAAACGCGAUGUACUGGGACCCAAUCCAAAACCAUUUUUGGGAACUUUUCCAAAAUCGGCAAUUUAUUUACAAAAUUUUCUUUACGAACAGGAUGAUAUUUAUCGAAAAUACCGUGGCAAAACUCCAUUCGUUGGUGUAUUCACAUAUCGCUUGCCUGAACUUUUGAUACUUGAUAAUACUUUGGUUUCACAAAUUCUUGUGGGAAAGUUCAAACACUUUCAUAUCAACUACACCAACUAUAACAAAGAAAAUGCGCGAUUGUUCUCACGAAAUCCCUUUAUUUUGAGAGACGAAGAGUGGAAGGAUAAUCGAAUGGAUAUCUCACCGGCGUUCACUACCAUGAAGACAAAGCUCACCUAUCCCGUUGUAAAUGAAAUGUGCAAACGUUUGACGGGUUUCAUCAAAUCUGAAAUAGCGAGUGGCAAACCGAUUAUGGACACAAAAGAGAUUACGGCAAAAUUUACAGCCGAUGUAAUUUCCACCGUAUGUUAUGGUCUCGAGGCGAAUGCCAUUGCCGAUGAUAAUUCCGAAUUUUUGCAAGUUUCACAUAAAUUAUUCAAGCCGUCGUACUGGAAACUUUGGUUUAUCACAUUCAAAUCGGUAUUCCCAUAUCUAUUUAAAAACUAUGAGAUGCCAUUUGUGACGGCGGAAAUUGAAAAAUACUUUAUAAAUCUAACGAACGAAGCAAUUCAAUUACGUCAACAACUCGCUACAAAACCAGAUGAUUAUCUCAAUUUCUUGUUGAAGUUAAAAGAAAAACGCAAUUAUGGUAACGUUGAUGUUGCAGCCAAUACAAUUACAUUCUUCCUCGAUGCAUACGAAACGUCUAGCAUCGUUUUGACACAUGCACUGUAUCGCUUAGCAAAAAAUCCACAAUGUCAAAUUAAAUUACGUCAAGAGAUUCAAGAGUGCAACGGUAACAUUGAUUUUGAAGUGAUUAGUAAUUUAAAGUAUUUGGAUCACGUAUUCAAUGAAACACUAAGAAUCAGCCCGCCCGGUUUUACAAUCACAAAGGUUUGCACGGAACCAAUUGAACUGGAAAAUUAUAAUGGAAAACCAUUGCUGAUUGAAAAAGGAACGGUGGUUCAAAUUCCAAUUUAUUCCAUUCAUAAUGACCCUGAAUUAUUUCCGAAUCCGCACAUUUUUGAUCCGGAUCGCUUUGAUGGUGUUGACCUGAAAGCGUUGAGAGAUGAAGGUAAAUUCUUUCCAUUCGGCCAUGGUCCACGAAUAUGCUUGGGAAUGCGAUUUUCAACAUUUACAAUCAAAGCGGCUAUUGCUGAAAUUGUCAGCAACUUGGAAAUCACCAUUAAUCCACGAACAAAAGAACCAAUUAUUAUUCGACCAGAAGAUUUUCUCUAUUUACAUGUUCAUGACAUCUUCUUGGACUAUAAGUUGAUUACAAAAUCGGAAUAAAUGUACAAAGGUCAACUUAUUUUUCUUUUAACUCCUGCGAGGAAACGAAUUCAAAUGUUCAAUAUUCAUAAUAUAAUAAAAAUAUGAUGAAAACAAUCAAUUGCA